UGUGGAGGAAUAAUCCACCGGGUGUGACGAAGGCGUAACCUGUUCUGGAAGGCGUAAUUGGUUUCUAUCUCUGAAACUUAUCUGAAUCUCUGUGUAGCUAUCUCGUGCUCACGUCCGGCGGUCGCCGCGGCGGCAACCCCAACUCGCCUCCCGUUUGUGACGCGGAUGCGGCGCCGCCAUCGGAUGACGCCGGAGACGAGGAGAAUCCUCCCGCCUCAUCUUCUCCGCGGGCUCCAGCCCUCUCGAGCAGCGAGCUGCCUGCGGGGGAGGAGGGGCAGCGUCGGCGGGGCAGGGGGCAGCUGCGGUGGAGGAGCGGCCGGAAGUACAAGUCGCGACGCCGGAUUCAGGGGAACAGAGGUGCCGCGGCCCGCGGUCAGUGGCAAGUGCGCGGCAUAGUGGCAGAAGGAAUGCCUAGCACCCGCCUGGUGCCGGCGGCGGGGGCAGAAAGGGGCGGCGGCCGGUGGGGCUCUAGCACCCGCUGCCACAUCAAGCUCGGCCAGCUCCAGCUCCCUGGACAUGCCGCCGAUGUGCCGCUCUUUCAGUGAAGUAGUUGGAUUUCAGAUGAAUUAUCAUGCUGCGUGGAGUACCACUGUGAGACAAUUUCAGGUAGCAGAAAGAUCAGGUUAGUUUCAAGAGAAAAGAAACAUCAGGAGCAGGUUGGAAAAAUGAGGCAAACAAGAUUGUUUCAAAAUUCGUCAAUGUAAAAUACCUAGAAAUCCUAUGAAUGAAUGGCUGAUCUGAUCCGUCAGUACUGCCCCAAAUCACUAGAAAAUUGCACCGCGGAAUCUCUCUCAAAUAAUUGUUGCUUCAUGAGGUGGAACUUAAAACCGUCCUCACUACAUAUUUAGUACGUAGUUUGCAAUGUCAUGUUCCUUUCAGUGCGGACCUAAUUGAGAAAAAUAAAAUGACAGAAAAAGGGAGAAUCUUUCUAAACAUAAUGAAUUAUUCGAGGUGUGAUUGCUACACUUUGUUACAUCUAACUGAAUGCUUCUGUUGCCAUCCAAACAAAGUCUGGACCGUCUUAACAUGUUUGGCCAAAAUGAGGGAUGAGUGGUCACAAAGAUGAGGAUGUAGUAGAGACAGCUAGCAAGUCGCUGAACUGUAUGCUCUUCCUGUUCAUAAUAACAUGCCUGCAAUUUCCACAAUGAGUCAUUAGUGCAUAUUUUGCAAUGUAACAUUUCGUCGCAAACAUAAUUGUGGAAAGUGUGCUUAAAGAAUGGUCUAGACAGAAUGGUAACCUUUCUACUCUAACAUACUGGGAAACACUGAUUAUGAGUUAUGCAGUUAUCAGGAAUGAAUUGGUUUUUGGAUUUCUGAGGUCAAAGUUUGAGCUGAAAAAAUGUGACACCUCAUUAGCUUGCUACACAUGUUUAUAAUUGGGCAUGCCAUCAUUUAUUUGAAAUGUAUCUUCUAUAUAGUAUCUUGAUGGAAACGUUUAAUUCAUCUAGCCAUAAAAACAGGUACACUAUCACAAAUCUGUGAGUGUCAUGCACAGCACCACUAUUUACUGGUCUCAUUUAUUUAUGUGAAUUUUUAAAAAUGGAUGGGUGGUUUAAUUAUAUGACCACCCAAGUGAUAUAAUAUUUUGGUGUCUAAAUCUUCUUGCCGGCCUUAACUUCACCAAGCCUGAUUCAGAACACAUGAAAUUCACAUAAGUCAACAGAAUUUUGUUCUAUCCUGCUGGAAUUGGGGAAAAAUCAUUUGCUCCAAACAAGGACAAGGUAGUCAGGUAACUCUAGUGCCGCACUAGUAGUGCAGUUUGUUCAUUAUGAAAGGUAGGGGAGUAAUUUUUAGAAAAGAUAAUUAUAAAUAUGUACCUGCGGCCCACAGAAAUUGCUAAGCCCGAAUAUACAUGACUUGAGAAGAAAAUCAAUAUUAAAAACCCACAAAAAAAUGCGUAAGAAAAAUAAAUUAAGGCACACAAAGCAGAGGAGGAAACUAAGCUUGGCAGCCAACGGCUAUAAAUACCUCACCACCUUGUUCGCACCAUCCAAAGAAACAGAUAGUUCCAGCAGAGAAGAGGUGAGAGGCCAGAGUGUAAACCACAGAUCUGCCUUCUUCCCCCAUCAUGGCUGCCAUGUGGUGUCCGAUCAUCGGUCUCCUCCUCCUGCUCCCACUCGGGCCCUCCUCCGCCAUCAAGUUCCCGCUCAUAGGCAACAUCUACCCUGAUGGCCACUUCUAUGCUACGUUGCAGAUUGGUAAGCCCUUGAAGCCCUACUUCCUGGACAUCGACACUGGCAGCAACCUCACUUGGCUGGAGUGUAAGCACCCCGAUCACGGAUGCAACGGCUGCAACCAGAGGACACCACACCCGUAUUACAAGCCAGCAGCUCAUAACUUGAUGGUGAGAUGUGAGAGCUGGAUAUGUGCUCAACUGCGCAAAGACCAGCCUGGUAGUCCUCCAUGCCCCAACAGCGAUCCACAUCGAUGCCACUACGAUAUCCAAUAUGUCUCCGGGAGGUCAAAAGGCGACCUUGCCAACGACAUGAUCUUUAUCAAUAGGAGAGAUGAUAUGAACUACGUUUUUGGAUGUGGAUACGAGCAGGAGGAGCCAUUAGAGCAGCCAUCGCCACCGGCGGUAGAUGGCAUCCUUGGACUCGGCAGGGGAAGUGUAGGAUUUGUUGCGCAACUUAAGGCGCAAGAGAAGAUAGUCAGGAAUGUCAUUGGACAUUGCCUCAGCAUCCAUGGAAAUGGGAACCUGUACAUUGGGGACUUCAGGCUGCCCCCAGGCGACGUCACCUGGGCACCCAUGAGUACAUCAUUGCCUUACUACUCACCCGGACCAGCAACACUGCUCUUUGACGAACAGCCGAUAAGAGGUAGUCCAGCAUUCACCACAGUAUUUGACAGUGGAGCCACCUACACCUACAUGCCUGGCCAGAUAUACAAUGGCCUUGUUUCAAAGGUUCAAGACACCCUCCACAAAUCAUCACUUAAAGAGGUGAAGGAUCGUGCUCUGCCUCAAUGCUGGAAAGGAAAAAUGCCAUUCAGAUCUGUCGACGAUGUGAAGAAUGAAUUCAAGCCACUGUCACUAAAACUUACCCAUGCCCGCGGCACCAGCAGCCUGGACAUCCCUCCUGAAAACUACCUCAUCGUGACGAAAGACGGGAAUGCGUGCUUGGCCAUCCUCGAUGGCUCGUCGGAUCGUGUUCUGAGGCAUCUCAUCUUAAUUGGAGAUGUUACGAUGCAGGAUCUGUUUGUGAUAUAUGACAACGAGGUCAACCGUCUCGGAUGGGUCCGUGCACAGUGUGACAGGAUGCAGGACCUUGAGUCUGUCAUCAUCGGUUCACGUCUCUGAAUAAAGUACGAAUCGACAUAGACAAAAACCUUAGCAACAACAAAAGAGUGCUCUCGUACGGUAUUCAAAAGGUUGUAUGACGCUCCCGUUUAUAAUGAAACAUGAUGACAUGUUGAGGAAUAAAUAAAGUGUAAUUGCUGAAGUUAAAAAA